AUGGCUUCGACGACGACGACGACGAUACCCGCUGCCCUCGCGGUGCUCUUGGUGCACGCGGCGCUGCUGGCGGAGGGCUGCCCCGGGAGGACGGUCGUCACCGCCGACGGCAGGCGCCCCCACGAGGGACUGUGGCUGAGCCCGCGCCAGGCCAGGAGGCCCCACCGACCCGCGCAGCAGGACCUGCUCCUGGAGCUGGGGCCCAGCGAGGAGCAGGACGAGCAGGAGGUGGCGGCCCUGCUGCAGGAGCUGCCCUGGCAGAUACUCACCAUCCCAGCGGGCGCAAAGCGGGACGACGCGGGCACCACGUACACGCCUCGCAUGGGCCGCGAGUCUGGCGAGGAGCUUCACGUGGACAGCAGCGGCAGCAUCAGCGGCGGCAACAACGACGAAGGGCUGUUCGACCCGCGCGCGCCGCCCUUCGCCCCGCGCCUGGGCCGCCGCGCCAUGGACGAGUACAUCCCGCGCAUGGGCCGCGGCGCCCCACGCCGCCCUGCGCCGCCCAAGCCCUGA